UCUCACUCUCCUCUAGCCUUGUAAUAUGGCCGUAGCUACAUGUUUCCGGUUUUUCUGUGAGCAUUAACUCUGUGUUUCAAUAUACGGCGGAGUGACUCGUUAACUGGGUGAUCCGGUUCACUUCGCCUGCGCACAGUUCUUGUUUCAGGAAUUCGGAUCAUCUAGAUCACACACCCACCCUGCGUUCUUCCUCCUCCUGCAGAGUCAAUAUGGUGAACUGCGGCUUGUUGACGGUGGAAAAAGAACCUGUUCCUCUGAAGAGCAUAGAGGUGGAACUGCAGGUUCAGGGCCAUGUAGCCACUGUGAGCUCCACCCUGCAGUAUAAAAAUGAAGAACAGAGCCCCCUGGAGGCCCUUUUUGUCUUCCCCAUUCCAGCAGAUGCUGCUCUCUGCCACUUCAGUGCCAAAAUUGGAGACCAGGAGAUAGUAUCGAAGCUGCAAGAGAAAGAGCAGGCUCGGUACGAGUAUGAUGAUGCGAUCGCUUCAGGUCAGCAGGCCUUUCUGCUGGAAGAGAGUGACGAGAGUGAGGAUGUGUUUAAGCUGAGUGUGGGCAGUCUGCCUCCAGGCCAGAGUGCUGCUGUGACCUUCAUCUACGUUACUGAGCUUUCUGUGCAGGCUGACCACUCCCUGCGCUUCUGCCUGCCUGCAGUACUCAACCCUCGCUACUUACCACCAGGUAGCGACAGUGGUAUAGUGUCAGAGAUAACAGUAUCAGAAAGUAUCCCUUAUUCUCUCUCUUUCACUGCCACUGUGAGCUCUCCCAACCCUGUCGCUAAAGUAGAGUCCAAGUGUGCUCUUGAUCCUCUGGUGUUCCUCAACGCAGAACGGACCAGUGCAAAGGUGAGUCUGUCUGUGGGUCAUAAGUUUGACAAAGACGUGGAGCUGUAUUUAUAUUAUGAGAAUGCCCACCAGCCCACUGCUAUAGUGGAGGCAGCAGUGCCCACUGCAAAGCAAGGAACUCUAAUGGGAGACCCUGUAGUCAUGCUGAGUUUGUACCCAGACUUCCCUGAGGCAGUAAUGUCAUCCAUGUCAUCUCGUGGUGAGUUUGUGUUCGUAAUGGACAGAUCCGGCAGUAUGGCCUGUCCAAUGCAUUUUGGAACUGGUGCACAGGAACGCAUUGAGAGUGCCAGGGACACUCUGCUCCUGCUGCUGAAGAGUCUUCCCUUGGGCUGCUACUUCAAUAUAUAUGGCUUUGGUUCAAGCUACGAGUCUUACUUUCCGACGAGUGUGGAAUACACUCAGAAGACAAUGGACGAGGCUGUAAACAGAGUAAAGGACAUGCAUGCAGAUUUGGGUGGCACUGAAAUUCUAGAGCCUCUAAAACACAUUUACAAGCAGAAGUGCAUUCCUAACCACCCCAGACAGGUGUUCAUUUUCACCGAUGGAGAAGUGGGGAACACCAAACAAGUUAUUUCCCUCGUGAAAAAAGAGGCCAAGUCCCACAGGUGCUUCACAUUUGGAAUUGGAGAAGGUGCAAGCACCGCCCUCAUAACAGGAAUGGCCCAGAAUGGACGCGGCCACGCCCAGUUUAUAACAGGAUCUGACCGCAUGCAACCCAAAGUAAUGCAGUCUCUCCACUACGCUUUACACCCAGCUGUAGAUGAUAUUACUGAUGUGUGGACAGUUCCAGCAGGCAUGUCCACCACCCGCCUAAGCCCACCACUUAGUGUUAUCUUCCAGGGUCAGAGGGCACUAAUUUAUGCCCAGCUGAAAGGACAGUGUAAGAGCUCAGACUCAGAGGGCACAGUAACAGUGAAGUACCGACUAGCUGGUCAAGAAGUCUCCAACACUCUCAGCUUUUCCCUCAAACCUGCUGAGAAUACCGGACUCUCCAUUCACAGACUGGCUGCCCGGUCUCUGAUCCGCUCUCUGGAACGGCAGGAGCAGACUGAGGGACCAGAAGCUUUAAAGGCCAGAGUGGUGGAGCUCAGUGUGGAGGCUGGAGUGAGCUGCUCACAUACUGCCUUCAUCGCUGUUCAUAAGAGCAGUGGAGAGGCUGUGAAAGGACCAAUGUUGAAGAGGAACAUCCCGACACCAGGAAUGGCGCUUUAUGGUGCACAAAUGUUUUCGGCAACGCCAUUAUGCGCUUAUGGAGGACCUGUACCAAGAUCCGCACCACGAAUGAAGUGUUCGUCACCACUGGGAGCAUUUGGAAGUCGACCGAAAUUGUUUGGUGGCGGUGGCAGUCUUUUCAAAAAGAAAAAAAAGCAGAGAAAAGAGAGUGGAAACUAUCCUGUUAAAUUGGAUAAGAUGCAAUGGAUGAAUGAAGAGGUAGAGGAGGCGUGCGCUUUGACACCUACAGGUGCAUUGUAUUAUGAAGGCAAAGCUGACUUUUGUAAUGCUGACAUUUGUGAAGAACAGUCUGAACCAAGUUCAGAUGUGCAAGAAAUUGGAGACCCUUUGCUGCAACUCGUCUCCCUCCAAAAGGCUUCAGGCUGCUGGGAAAUGAACGGCACUCUGGCGAAAGUGUUUGGAAAGACAGAAGGAGAGGUGGUCAAGCAGACCCCUGCACAGGUGGAUAAGGGGGUCUGGGCUACAGUUCUGGCUCUGAUCUGGUUACAUGGCUUUAAGAUGGACGAUCAGAUCGAGUGGCAGUUUGUUGCAAAAAAAGCAGCAGCCUGGAUCCGUGACCAGAAAGUGGCCAACCUUUCUGAGUGUGUUCGUGAGGGCAAUGCUCUGCUGGGCUGCCAGGUUAAAGAAGAGGCUCUUGGGUUCUGAAGUCUUCAGAGUUCUUCUGCACACAAAAAAUAACUUUCAACAUGCACUUGAUUUGCUUAAUGCAGUAUUGCUCUUUACAAUUUUACUUACCCAAUGCCACUGAUAAAUCGGUUUUAUUAUUCUUUACUUAAAUCAGGCUCGUAGCCAUGGGGGAUCGAAGGGUUCGUUCGACCCCCCCCCCCAUCCCCCCCUCAGCCACCAGAGUAGUGACGAGUAAGAAAAAUUGUUAAUGUUUCUCUUUACACAUUUUGUUCAGACUGUUUUACACCAAUCCAGUAGGUGGCGGCAAUUCCCCCAUUUCUGUUCUUAGCUUGUGGAAAGAAUCAGGGGAAAGUUACUUGACAAAAUGGGUAAAAAAGAAGACAAGGAGCGAAAACGGAAGAAAACGGCGGUAACAUUGUCCCAAAAUAUUGGUGACUUGUUCAAAAAAAGGCCCAAAAUCGGUAAGCUGCUGAGUGCAGGGCUUCUAUUUCUUUACAACUCCCCUGCGUUAACAGUGCCGGGCUCGGCUAAGCCCAAUAGUAUAAUUGUACAUGUAACACCGGAUUAUUACUGUUAUUAUUGCGAUAACUCCAAAGUCUGGAUUUUAGUUGAUUUUUAAGAAAUGUAGGUUAAGUGACAAUAACAUUCAGUCACUCACUUUGCAAUGCUGACGAUCAAGCUAGGGUGUUUUUUACUCUCAACAUGCCUGUUGCUCCUAAGGCCAUAUAUAAAAUACAGUAUACAGGUGUAAAAAGGGGGUUAACCUCUUAACACGCCAAAUAUCAUAUUUAAUAUCUGGCUGUGUUUAUGAAUACUUAUAGGUUCAAUAUAGACACCCAAUAUGCCAUUUUAAAGCUUUUCAGUUAUCUAGCCUAUUUAACCGUAUUUCCUUUCAGAAAAUAAACAUUUAGGGCGAAAUAUGCCUAGUUUAUGAAAGUUAUGAAAUAUUAUUUUCAUAUUUGCGUUUUUCGUACGUCCAUAUUUGAUCGAAUGCGGACAUGUUAUACACCAUUCGAACCGUCUGCCUCUCCGGAUUACGGAACUGUGUUUAGAGUUUAAAUCUGCUUGUGUUUCGCUUUGUGUUUAACGUUAAGUUACCUCAGGACACUCGAGACACACACCCAACCCCCUCCAGCGCUUCCCCCACACUCUUACCUUCAAAACGCAAUCCAGUCACCAGUAAUUCUCACAUAUAUCCAAACAGUGCUUUAAAUAAUUUGAGGCAGAAAAAAACAAUAUCAACUUUAACGCGUUAUUAAAAGCGGAUUAUCGCAUAUGUAAUGAAUCAGCAGACCCUCACAGACCAGACGGUAUGCAAAUGAGCUCUGUCAGCCAAUCAGGCGCCGAGUUCAGCGAGCUGAAGGGAGGGGGGGAGGGACGGGGGGGGGGGGGGCAACUAAGUCCCAGCACAGUUGUAGGAAGAUUAGAAUAAGACAGAACACUUCAAUUUAUAUUAUUAUUAAUUCAUGUUUAAGUUUUAAUGACAAUACCGAUAGUGAAGUAAUUCUUAUCUAUUUAUGUCAAUAGUAGAGAGAUAGACAAUAAAGGACAGCAACAUCAGAGACAGACAAUGGAGGGCAGCAACAGAGACAAGGGAACAAAGCAACAGACAACUGAGGUGAGAAACAGAGACAGACAAUGAAGUCACAUCACAGAUGUAGGAAGUUUGAGUAACACUUACAUUUAUAUCAAAUUUAUGUUAACAGUGGGGAGCAACAGAUGAACAAAUAAGGACAGCAACAACAGAUUCACAACAAACUUAUAAUGAAUAAAAUAUGUCUAAAUUAAAAGGUUUGAAGUGUGCUCGUUAGGGGGCAUUGGAGUAGAGAGCCAAAUGAAGUCCACUUUUGGGGGAAAAAGAUCCCCCCCAUAACAAUGCUGGCUACGGGCCUGUAAAUAGUAUUAAUAUUGGAGAUACAACCUUUAUAUUUGUUAUUUUAUAUUCGUUAAGAGCCUGGUUACUUUAUUCCUAACCAGUUUGUGCCUUUUUUGCUGUACAAAAGAUGAAAGAAUGUAACUAUUAUAUCAGUUAUAUGUUGCUUUUACGGUUUUGGGAUGUGUGUUCAUAGCAUGCAGUUGUGCCUGUGAAAAUAAAAAUUCUGCAGCAUA